UGUAACAGAGAACAGAAAGUAUAUGCAUGUACAAUUUCUACAGAAUUACGUUAAUCCUCUCUCAAUCCUCGUCCAGCUGUUUUGCUGUUUCACAACAAAAAGAGAAAAAAUGCCUCGGUCGAGAGUUUCCGAUUUACUUGGUGUACUUAAGGGGGCACAGAGUGUGACGAAUGCUCUGAUAAAACAUCAGGAGGAUGCGAUCAAGCACAAAAUCACACAUUCCAGUUUAAAGAAUUUACCUGAAAAGUACAUGCAAGCUGUAAGAAAAAGACUGAGCGACAUAGAUCCAAGUAAGCUCUCUAAACAAGGAGCAAAGGAUUUUAAAGAAAUAACUGAGCGUAUGGGUGUGGUUGAAGAAGGUGUUAGACAAUAUGUUAAGAUAAUAGCUGGUUUGAACAUGAAAAAUGAUGAUUAUACUAUCAAGGCGGCGAAAUUGCAUGUAUAUGACACUGCAAAAGAUCCAAAAGAGUUGCCCCUUGAUAAAGAUGUCGCUUUGCCAAAAUAUAACGAUAACAAAUUCACAAUUGAGAAGUCUUCGCAAGAUGUACAAAAUACAACAUGGAAAUAUAUGACGGUAAAGGAAAAGAUUGAGACCAUUGCCACUUUGGAUAAAGAGAUACCUCAAAUAGAACUCUCUGAUAAAGAUAAGGAAAUUUUAAGGAAAUUGGAAUUGGAACACGAAAAAAAUAUUAAAAAUAAAGUUGUCAGUUCCACUUCACCCUCUACAAUUAAUACAUCUGAAGAAGAAUCUGUAAACGUUCAAACGGAGCUUAAGGAAAGGCCAAAGGCUAAAUUAUCAGUUAAGCCAAAACAACUUUUAUCAUCUACUGCCAAAGAAAGAAAAGUUCCUGCUACAAGAUUACAAAGAAUGGUAAGUUUUGGUACCCUGGGCCUUGGUCUUGGUAUUGGUACUGUCGCAGAAUAUUCACGGAGAACAUUAGGUUUGAAGGAGCAAAGUGUUGGGGAUACAAUUGAUAGCAUGUUCCUCACUAAAGCUAAUGCGGAAAGAAUAGUCUCGACAUUAUGUAAAGUCAGAGGUGCAGCUUUAAAAAUUGGCCAAAUAUUGAGUAUCCAAGACAAUACUAUUAUAAGCCCCGAAUUGCAGAAAGUCUUUGAAAGAGUCAGACAAAGUGCUGAUUUUAUGCCCACGUGGCAAGUAGAGAAAGUUUUAGGUAGCGAACUUGGACACGAUUGGAGGAGUAAACUUGCAUUCUUUGAGGAGAAACCAUUUGCAGCAGCAUCCAUUGGACAAGUGCAUCAUGGUAAAUUAUUGGAUAAGCAAGAUGUAGCGAUAAAGAUUCAGUAUCCAGGUGUGGCUGUGGGUAUUCAAAGUGAUAUUGAGAAUUUAGUAGGCAUAAUGAAGGUUUGGAAUAUGUUUCCAGAAGGAAUGUUUAUAGACAAUGUAGUGGAAGUUGCGAAACGGGAACUUGCGUGGGAAGUAGAUUAUAUAAGAGAAGCAGAAUGUGCAAAAAAAUACAAGGAAUUAAUGAUGCCUUACCCAGAAUAUUAUGUGCCUAUAGUAAUAGAUGAUCUUUCUACAAAGCAAGUAUUCACGACAGAGAUGAUAGAAGGUAUACCUGUUGAUAAAUGUGUAGAUAUGAAUGUUCAGAUUAGAGAACAUAUAAGCGAGCUGAUUAUGCGUCUGACUCUAAAAGAAUUAUUCGAAUUUCGAUUUAUGCAGACUGACCCAAAUUGGUCCAAUUUCUUCUACAAUAUUAAUACAAAACAGUUAAUUUUAUUGGAUUUUGGGGCAUGUAGGGCAUACGAAAAGGCAUUUAUGGACAAAUAUAUAGAAGUUAUCAAUGCUGCAAGUGAGGGAAAUCGCAAUAAGGUCCUACAAUUGUCUCGAGAAAUGAAAUUUCUUACUGGAUACGAGUCCAAGAUUAUGGAAAAUGCUCACGUGGACGCAGUCAUGAUCCUUGGACAAAUAUUUGACAAUAAUCAUGAGUAUUAUGAUUUUGGAGGACAAGAUGUGACAAAACGGAUCCAGGUUCUAGUACCAACCAUAAUACAUCACAGACUUUGUCCGCCUCCUGAGGAGAUAUAUAGUUUGCACAGAAAAUUAUCAGGGAUAUUUUUGUUAUGCGCAAAACUUGGAGUCAGGAUCAAAUGUCGCGAUAUGUUUCGGGACAUCUAUGCUAAUUACAAGUUUGGUUGAUAUGUUAGUAUUGAUAUUAUAACAAAAUACAUAUAAAAUGCCCAGAU